CCCCUCCAUCCAGCUGCCCUCAAGACCAGGGAUCUCAGCUCUGUUGCUUAAGGAGGCCGAGCAGGUCCUGAUCUGUUACCGCUGCACCCAAUACAGCAACUCCUGCCUAAAGAAGAGGAGUAAAAGGAACAGAAGUUUUUUUUUUGAGAUGUACGCACUCACACUAUCUGCGGAACUGGCCGGGGUCACCAACCUGCGGCCUAAGGACACUCAAGAGAACAACUUCUUCUACACGUUCAAAGUUCAAUGCACAUCCUGCAGGGAAAUUCAUCCCAAGCCCAUUGCCAUCAGCCGCUUUGAGAUGAACGAGAUAAGCGGCAGCCGGGGUGAGGCCAACUUUGUGUGGAGGUGCAAGAACUGCAAGCGGGAGGCCUCGGCGACCAUCAACGCUGCCCCCACAGCCUACGAGCAAACCGAGCCGGCCAAAGCUCAAAAAAUACUCGAGUUCGACUGCCGUGGUCUCGAAUUCACCGAGUUCAUUCCUGAGGGCGAAUGGCUUGCGGACGGGGUCGAGUCAAACACCAAGUUCGAGGGAAUUGAACUGACGGAAGGGGAAUGGUUUGACUAUGACGAGAAGGCGGGCGAAGAAGUGAGCAUCAAGGACCUCAAGUGGGAGAUUGUUCGGGCAUGACGCGCAAGUGCAGAACAUGUUGCCGGGCUGAGGACAGCGAGGAGCACUACAAACACUCUGUAGGGUAUCCGUCCUCCGUAUUCUAUUCGUCGAGCGGUACGAGCAGAACGAAAAGAUGUAAUAUUACGAGACCCACAAUUGCACAACAAGACAUGCCAGGAUGGAAUGUUGUGUUCUUCCGUGGAAGUUCAGUCUUCUCACCAACUGUCUUCUUCCCGCAAGCUCAGCAAGACACCGCGACCGCGCAAAUGGCUACGAAUAAGGCGAAUUUCAGUGAAGCGACAGCGGCCAUUAGCUUUCUAAACGAUGCAGGGCAUCUUCUGGCAGCUACGUGCCCCGAGGUAUCGGCAUACCUCAUGAGCAAGCGCAACGACCUCCUGUUUGAGCACGAACAGGCCCUUUCCGAUAAACAGCGACAGCACGUGUGCAGCUGUUGCGGUCACAUAAUGCUCCUUGGCCGGGGCGACGUCUUACAAGUCAAAGCGGCGGGGGGCCAAAAGGCCAGUAGAAAGCCUCGUAUGGCUCGAGGAGUCAACGGCAAAGGCAAAGGCACUCCUCGAAAGCUUCAUUUGCAGUCAAGCCGAGGCCCAGUCAAGACCAUCACCUGCGGACUCUGCGGCAGGCUGACAAACAUUCAGCUCCCGGCCCCUUCUCCUAUCCAGCGGCGUAAAUUAAUGGUUGAGAAAGGGGCAAAGAUCAAGGGGUCGGGAACGACGGACAAGGCUCAAGAAACGCCUUCUCAAAAGACAACCUCAAACGCUAGCAGCAAGAAGCGAGCAAAGUCCCGAAAAGCCGGGCUGCAGGCGCUGCUGGAUCAAUCCAGCGCAUCGCGCAACUCGAAGCCAGGGCUCGGUCUGAGUCUUGCGGAUUUCCUCCAGAAGUGAGCCUUUGCCGAAGCAGACCAGUACUCAUCGUACCCUGGGGUCUGGCGCCUCGAG